AUGACAAAAUUAAAUUUCAAAAGUGGCAAAUCUGAUGGAUUGAAUGAGCAACAACAGACAAAUGGUAGUGAUAAUGAUAAAGCCACCAUAGAGAACUCCGAAAAUAAUAAAAGUAAUGAGCAGUCGAAAAAACAUUUGGAGGAUGUGCUUACUACGCUGGGAUUAAAUUUGAAACAGGAUGACACGGGGACAAAUAUCGGUUUCAGUUGUAUUGGUAUGGAUUGGUCAUUCAUGCUACAAGUUGCUAAUGCACAAGCAACAUUAUCCAUUAUUCAGCUACUCAUAGUAUGUUUGACGAGUUCAAUGUUUCUAACCGGUUAUCGUUUCAUAUCUUCUGCAUGGGCAACUUAUUUGCUUUCUUGCGCUUAUAUUGGAAUAAGAGCUGGACGAUGGCAAAAUUAUUCACAUGCAAUUGCUUAUUGUGGGAUGUGUACAUUCCAGUCAUUCGUCUAUAUGUCAACAAUGUGUUGGUUCUUCUAUUCUCUGUACACAUUAAAUUCGAGCACUCAAUCUUAUGAAUUCAUUCAUAGUGCGACACCAGAUGCAGCAUUAGUAUUUGCUUUGGGUGAGGUUGUCUGUAUUAUGGGUACCGUUCUUACUGGUAUUUUUGGGCUAAUUUGUUGUUGCCGGGGAUUUGGACGACUACUUCAUGCACAAGAGAAAAUGAUAUUGGAUUAUCAAAAUGUUCUCAUUGGUGCGUAUGAUAAUGCACGUCGACUAAAUAUUGUUUAA